CGGUCAUUUCCCUCCGCACGAUCGGACCCCCAGAACCGUAAAGCUUCCAGCAGCCUGAUCCCUGUCCACAUGGCCCUUCGCCAGAGCUUCCAGGCGCUGCGCUCGGUCGCGGCGCGUCGCGCUCUUCUCCGCAACUUCAGCGUCGCCCCGCACGCCGCUGACAAGUUCGUCGUGGAGUUCCCGCAGGAGCACGAAGGUCUCAACAUCGAGUUCAACUGGUCUCUCGCUGACGAUGACGUGACGCCGCACGGUGACGCCUUCCGUAACCUCAGCUGGCCCAAGCUGGCGGAGCUCGCCAAGCAGCAGAAACCCGGUAAGGACAGCAUAUCGUUUUUUUUUUAUUGUUGCGUUUUUUUAUUUUUUUUUUUAUAUGGCAGCUGGCAAGAAGGUGGCGAUUGAAGAGGUGGACGUGAGUAUCGUGUUCAACGACUUCGAGGGUCUGUACGAGAAGGUGACGGAGCACCUGUCCACCGAGCCCAGUCUGUACACGCAGGACGGCGCCGUGGGCUCCUUCAAGGACGACCGUACGCGUGUGCGUGUGAUCUCUGACUCGCCUUUAGUGGCGCUGUUCGCUCAGAGUCUGCUGGUGCGUGUGCCCAUCAAGGAUGUGCACGCUGCUCGCCCCAUUGUGGUCUACGUGGCCACUGGCGGCGAAUUCAAGGACCAGCAGCCUCAGGCUCAAUUGCUUGUGGAUAACGACGACGAAGGUGCUACGUUCGUCAAGGUUGUGAUCACGGGAGCGGCCGACCUGUCCACUAUCAAGGAUUCCAUUGGUCUGGCCAAGAAGAAGCUGCUGGAGGUGGCCGAGUCCGAGUCUUUUGUGCUUCCUGCUGAUGUUCUGGUCAAGGAUAACAAGACUGCUCUCGUAUUCAACGCUACGGGCGCUGGACGCGCUGCAGCCAUCAACAACGGUCAGCUCUACAGCGCUCACCUGAACAUCUGGAACUCUGUGGGUGUGACAUCUCUCUUCGGCGGCGCGAUCGUGGACGCUGCCAGUAAGGUGACCAAGAAGCACGUACUUGCGGUGGAAGAUGGCGCGGCUGUGAAUGUGCCGUGUAACAACCUGGUGGAGCACCCGAAGGCCGCUUUCUUCGUGGACAAGGCUGGCAAGGGCGUCAAAUCCAUUUCCUCCGCAGAAGCCGCUGCGUUGCUAAAGAAGGUGGAUGCCGAUGCUGAUGUGGAGAAGUUCGAGGCGUUGCUCAACAAGGCCGACACUAAGAGCUUCGUCGUGUCUAGCGAUGCCGAAGUGGAGGCUGCUCUGGCGAAGCUGUAAAUAAGAUUCGUCCGGCAGUACAAGUAGCACAGCAAAACAUCAAUGCACUACACAUAUAUAGUGACGAAAAAGCAAAAUGAAAGAGUGUGGCGAGGUCACUGCAGUUGAAGGCGGCCGCCUUGUCAAUGUCUGGUAUGGUAGUUGAUACGGUACUGAGUUACGGUACUUCAGUACUGUACUUCCCGUAUCCAGGACAACUCCUCAAGGUUCUAC